UCAGCCACCCGGCAAGCGAAACACUUGUGUGAGACACCGUUGCUGAAGUCGGCGAUCCAAAAGCAUACAUAAUGCGCACUCGUGGAUUUAGGAUUUUAUAUGCCAUCCUUGCCUUCUACUGGCUGGAUUCAAAUGCCAUUGUGAGUUAUGCUGCCGUAAUGAAUAUCACUGAAUCUGCUAGCCAUGUCGACCAUCAUUCUAAGGGAUCGCGUUUCCCUAUGGAGAGAAGCAAGUGGCCCGCUGGGUCUUCCCUCCAUCCAAACAUCUCUGGAGACGUGCUGGGUGCACAAAUUGUUAGCAUACACCGUCGGAGCAGACACCUUGCUCCCCUGGUUUUUUCCAAGUCUGUAUACUCAUUUAAAGUCAGAGAAGACACACCUCCAGGUUCAUUAUUGGGGAACAUAAAGGCUCUGUAUGCUGAAGACUGGUCUGUUGUGUACUCUGUGUUGGAGGAUGAUGGGAAUGGCCUGUUCAUACUGAACCCGUACUCUGGAGAGUUCUCUCUGACCCGUUCCGUGGACUAUGAAUCAGAACAGUACUACAUGCUCACAGUGGGACUACACAGUGGUGAAGUUCUGCCCAGUAGGGUCAGAGUGUAUUUCAACAUUGUGGAUGUCAACGAUAACCCACCAGUCUUCGAUCCUGACAUGUACUACACAUCAGUGUUGGAGAACACCCCUGUGGGUGCUUGUAUCCUCAUUCUCAAUGUGUCAGAUGAAGACAGUGGUGUGAAUGCAGAACUUAGCUGGACAGUCCUUGCAGGAAAUGAAGAUAUCAAAUUUAAAGUGACACCCAGUGGUGCUAUUUGCCUGCAAGGAGAGCUGGACAAAGAGAGAGUCUCAUCAUAUGCCCUGACCAUCCAGGUGAGUGACUGCGCCCUGUCUGUGAACUCACGUCUGACCAGCAGUGCCUAUGUUACAAUCCACAUUGAAGAUGUGAACGACAAUGCUCCAUACUUUUUGUCAGCUGAGACAGUCCAUAUUUCUGAGGACACUUUGCCUCACACCAUGGUCAUGGUUGUACAAGCUAUGGAUCGAGACUCUGGAUCCAAUGGACAUAUCACAUAUGAGCUGGAAAACCCAUCUAGCAAUGUACUCAGUAUUAAUAGUACAAGUGGGACAGUGUAUCUGGAAAAACCUCUGGACAGGGAAAAUACUGACAUGUUUGUGGUUCUUCUUACGGCAAGAGAUAAAGGAACGCCUCAGUUGUCCACCUUCAUGAAUUUAACAGUGGUUGUUGAUGAUGCUAAUGACAAUAAUCCAGCCUUCUCUAGGACCUUCUACAAUGUGACAGUAAGAGAGGAUUUACCAAGGGGGAUGAGUCUACUUCGAGUCCAGGCCUUUGACCCUGAUAUGGGACCCAAUGGACAGGUGCGGUACUGGCUCUCUGAAGGUAAAUUCCAGGUGGACCCAGUAUGUGGGGUCAUCUCGUUGAUAGACAGGUUGGACCGUGAGAGGAGCAGCUCUCAUAUGCUCACUGUGGUUGCCAUGGACCAGGGAGAUGCUAAGAGGUCUUCCACAGCCUUCAUUAAUGUCACUGUGACUGACAUCAAUGACUGUACUCCUCUUUUUUCACCACCAUUGGUGAGAAUUCAUGUGAUGGAGAAUGUAGACAACUUCCCUCAAAUCAUUCAUCAGAUGUCUGUUAUUGACCAAGACCUUGGUGUGAAUAGCCAGCUGGUAUUCUCUAUUGACAGAGGAAAUGAGGAUGACAUAUUCAUGCUCUCUCCUAAUGGCACGCUCCAUAUUCUUCAGAGUUUGGACAGGGAGAAGAAGAGUCAGUAUACACUCCAUGUAAUUUCUGUUGACUCAGGCAUACCACCUUUAACAGGGACUGGAACCAUACUUAUUAUGGUGGAUGAUCUCAAUGACAAUCACCCAAAGAUGUCCCUGUAG